AUGAAAAUACACAAUGUUAUGAUUCAUCUAAUUCCGUUUCCGUUUCUCAAUUUCCGCUUCUUCAACCUAGUUCCCUCACCGCCGUGGAUUUGCAAUAUUGAUGCUGCACUAGAUUCAAUCAAACUCAAAUGGAGUAGAAAGGAGGAUGAACCAGAUGUCACCGAUACAGUAGUCACAUAUCGUAUACCUGGCUUUACUCAGAAAAUAACUGAACGUUUAUCUACGAGAGAACCCCAGCAGCUCUUGAUAUAUUAUAUGAUGCCAAACACACGUAUUGAAGGCUAUGUUGAACUAUUGUGCGGAGAUAAAACCAGCGACAAGGCACAUUGGUCGGCAACAACAGGUCCCAUUCAAACAGGAAAUAUACAUGUUGGCUGUAUAUCAGAAACAACAGCUCUUUUGUCGUGGGCAGAUAACGGUACUGCAGGGACUGUAGAAUAUCGUGUUGAUUAUAAAAAGAAAUCACCAUGGGCGAAGCGGUUUACGAAAGGCACACAUGUACCCAACCUGAAACUGACAGACUUAAAACCUGGGACAGAGUACAUGGUGGCAGUAUCAACUGUGAUUGACGGUGCUGACUCUGAAACCAAAACCACAACAGAAUUCACCACACGCCCAAGCAAACCAACCGGUGUAGAUCUUGCGGGUAGUCCAGCUGCGGAAUCGGCAACCAUCGAGUGGAAACGUCCUGCGCACUAUGAACAAUGA